CGCCCCGCUCUGCACGCGUGUCCGGCGCGUACCCAGGCUUGAGCGCCUACUGGGACCGGCCCGCUGCGCCCGCGUACUCCGAGCCGUCCCGUCCAAGCCUGGGCGGGACUCGGUCGGCUGGACGGGGUUGACGCGGCCCUGGUUCUGAAGUGGGAGCUCCCAGGCUGGGGGAACGCGUCACACGACUGCGGGCGGAAGCAGGAACCACCGGCCGGGUCCGCGCCUCCGAAGGGCCGCCCCAGGAUGCCCCGCGCCGCGCCCGGCCUGGACUCCAUUUCCCAGCGGCCCCUGCGGCCGGCCCCGCUGCCCGCCCGAGCGUCGCGGCGCCUUUGUGAGCCCGCCGGUGAGGCCGAGAGCGAGGCCCCGCCCCGGCCCUCGGGGCGUUGGGCUCCAGGAGGCAACGGCGCGGCGGGAGUUGCCAACCCGCAGGGAGGAGGCGGUGAGCACGCCGCGGGCGGGCGUGAGCCCUGGCGGGCCUGCGGGAAAAGAGCGGAUAUGCGAAGGGGCCUAUGACCGUGGGAGAGGGUGUCACUGUCUAUUUUUCCAGACACUGCCUUUCCAGUGAGGAGCCUGAAGUAGGAGGACAGAGGAAGUCAUAAAUUCUUAAAUUCUUAAAGCCAUGUCCAAGGAUUUGGUGACAUUUGGGGAUGUGGCUGUAGAUUUCUCUCAAGAGGAGUGGGAAUGGCUGAACCCUGGUCAGAGGAAUUUGUACAGAAAGGUGAUGUUGGAGAACUAUAGGAGCCUGGUAUCACUGGCAGGAGUUUCAGUUUCUAAGCCAGAUGUGAUCUCAUUAUUGGAACAAGGAAAAGAACCCUGGAUGGUGAAGAAGGAAGGGACAAGAGGCCCAUGCCCUGAUUGGGAGUAUAUAUUGAAAAGCAAUGAAUUUUCAUCAAAGCAAGUUAUUUAUGAAGAAACAUCCAAAGUAGUAAAAAUGGGAAGAAGCCAUCUUACUUAUAGCCUUGACUGCCCCAGUUUGAGAGAAGACUGUAAAAGUGAGGACUGGCUUAAGAACCAGUUAGGAAGUCAGAAGGUACAUUCCAGACAACUGAUCAUCACUCAUAAAGAAAUCCUCACUGAAGAUCAAAGUAAUGAAUAUACUAAAUCUUGGCAAACUUUCCAUCAGGAUGCACUAUUUGAUAUAAAAAAGACCUGUCCCACCAAAGAAAGAGUACAUAAGCAUGAACCACAAAAGAGAAGUUACCAGAAAAAAUCAGUUGAAAUGAAACAUAACGUUUAUAUACAAAAGAAACUUUUGAAAUGUAAUGAAUGUGAGAAAGUUUUCAACCAGAGCUCAUCCCUUACUCUUCAUCAGAGAAUUCAUACUGGAGAGAAACCCUAUGCAUGUGUUGAAUGUGGGAAAACAUUCAGCCAGAGUGCAAACCUAGCUCAACAUAAGAGAAUACAUACUGGGGAGAAACCUUAUGAAUGUAAAGAAUGUAGGAAAGCCUUCAGCCAGAAUGCACACCUUGCUCAACACCAGAGAGUUCAUACUGGAGAGAGACCUUAUCAGUGUAAAGAAUGUAAAAAAGCCUUUAGCCAGAUUGCACACCUGGCUCAACAUCAGAGAGUUCAUACUGGAGAGAGACCUUUUGAAUGUAUUGAAUGUGGAAAAGCCUUCAGUAAUGGUUCAUUUCUUGCUCAGCAUCAGAGAAUUCAUACAGGAGAGAAACCUUAUGUGUGUAAUGUAUGUGGGAAAGCCUUUAGCCAUCGUGGAUACCUAAUUGUACAUCAAAGAAUUCAUACUGGAGAGAGGCCAUAUGAAUGUAAGGAAUGUAGAAAAGCUUUCAGCCAAUAUGCACACCUAGCUCAACAUCAAAGAGUUCAUACUGGAGAAAAACCUUAUGAAUGUAAAGUAUGCAGGAAAGCCUUCAGCCAGAUUGCAUAUCUUGAUCAACAUCAGAGGGUUCAUACUGGAGAGAAACCCUAUGAGUGUAUUGAAUGUGGGAAGGCCUUUAGCAAUAGUUCAUCACUUGCACAACAUCAGAGAAGUCAUACUGGAGAAAAACCUUAUAUGUGCAAGGAAUGUAGGAAAACAUUCAGCCAGAAUGCAGGCCUUGCUCAACAUAAGCGAAUUCAUACUGGAGAGAAACCUUAUGAAUGUAAUGUUUGUGGGAAAGCCUUUAGCUAUAGUGGAUCUCUUACUCUACAUCAAAGAAUUCAUACAGGAGAGAGACCCUAUGAAUGUAAGGAUUGCAGGAAAUCUUUCAGGCAGCGUGCCCAUCUUGCCCAACACGAGAGAAUUCAUACUAUGGAGUCAUUCUUGACUCCUUCCUGUCCUUUACCCUCCAUGUCCAGUCAGUUACCAAGACCUGUAGGUUUUAUCUCCUAAAUAUGCCUCAAAUCUGAUUCCUUUAAUCCGUUUCCAUCCCAUCCUCUUUAUCCAGUACACAGUAUUGGUAGUCCUAUUUCAGUAUGGACUAUGGAAAUACCUUUCUGAUUGGUCUCCCUGUAUUCACCAUUUCCUUUGUCAGUUGCCUAUGAAGCAGUCAAACUUGUAUUUUAAAAGUUUGAUAAUAUCACUUCCUCAUUGAUACCCUUCAUUGGUUCCCCCAUAGUUCUUGGGUUGAAGAAUAUAUUUCUCAAAAUAGCCUAAAAGACUGCUCUGCCCCAAAUUCUUUGGAUACGUAUCCAGAAUUAACUCAUAUUCCAGCAUCAAAUAGAUCUGGCUUUUAAUCCUUGCUCUUUCCAUUUUCUAGCCCUCUAGUUUCAGGGAAACAUUUUGUUAUUUUUAAGGUUCAGUCUUCUUAUUUAUAUUAUGGGAAUAAUAAUGGUACUACCUCAAAAGUUGAUGGGAGAAUUAAGUGAAAGAAUGCAUGUAAAUUGCUCACAGUGCCUAGCAUAAAGUUAAUAAAUGUUACCAUAAAAUGAAAAGAUACUGUGGUAUACAAACAAGACUUGAUCAUCUCAGCAAGAUUCAUCUGAGAAACAAGCAGCAGUUCAACACUUAAGAGAUUAUAAAGAUUUUUGAUUAGGAACAGUAGUUAUUGUUCUAAAGGUGGGUAAUAAGUGUAUCUAAUACAGUAGCAUUGAUGUUAAAGUCCAUAAUGAUAUAGAGUAAGAUUAUCUUUGUUCGUAAGAAAAACCAACUUCAUUAGAUACUCAGUAGUUCUAAGCCAGAUUUUAAAAAUUACUAGUGAGAAGUUGAACUUACUGAGAUGUAUUCAUUUACAUUUACACAAAGGCAAAAUAGGUAUUUUUAAAAAGAAAAAGAUCAACCACCAAAGAAUAGAAAAUAUAAGUUUGAUGCCCUCUCUUUCAGGUGGUUGAACUGUAUGAAAUCUAUGUCGUUUAAAACUGAAAAAGGUGUUAAGCUAGUCCUAAUCUGUAAUUCCAAAACUACAGGGGAAAAGAAAACUAUAGAUCAAAACUAAAGAAAACUAUUCAUAAACUGGAGCCCCACAAACAUGUCUUAUUUGGUACUCAUCAGGUUUAAAAUGAAUACAAAAAAUAUAUAUAUCUUUAUGUGGGUAUGUGUUUUCCAGUUAUCCAGUUAAAACCACUCCUUCCCUUACAUCUGACUUAUUUUAUGCUUUAUGUUACUGCCUGAGUCCUGGAGGCUUUGAAUACACAAUCAAUUCAGUAACCAAUUCACAUAUAAAUAUAGGUACAAAUAAAAUAAUGAAAUGGAGGAUAAAAAGGAAGACUUGAAUAGACAGUUUAUCCUUCUGCAGGGGAAGACUAUUCUCAAGAUGUUGGAGGCCCAAAAUUAAUCUGCAGAUUUUCUGUACUUAACAAAAUCCUAAGAAUAUUUUUUUUAAGGUUUGAAACAUUGUGUGCAUGUGAAUAUACACACACAUACAUUCAUACAAACACAUAAAAUACAUAAAGGUAAUUUGUCACUGGC